AUGCAGUUAAAAAGUGUUUCGAAGUCCUCAAACUUGAACGAAUCAGAAGAAAACUUAACUCCGAUUUCAUUCAGAGAAUUUGAUGACGGACUGACGGAUGGAGUCAUAAUCGGCAUCUACAAGGGGGAAGUUGUCACCGUUAAUUAUUCGGGCAAGAGGGAACUCACUUUAUCCAGGAAGGAUCUUGUCGAACUUGUGAAAAUGAAGGAGCUGCAACACGACAACAUCGUGUACUUCAUGGGGGCCUGUGUCGAACCCGACAGGGUAUGCUACCUCACACAGUACUGUGCCAGAGGCACUCUGCAGGAUAUGCUGGCAGAUGCUCAGACAUCUGUUGAUUGGACCAUCAAAAUAUCAUUUCUUACUGACAUCAGCAGAGGAAUGAACUACCUACACAAAUCUUUCAUAGGGCUUCAUGGAAAGUUAACCAGCAACGCCUGUCUCAUCGAUAGCAGGUGGGUUCUCAAAAUUACCGAUUUUGGACUGUCAACCUUCAAAUUGGUGUUAAGGGAAGAUAAACCUGGAGCUAAUUUUUACAAAAAUUUGUUGUGGACCGCUCCAGAGCACUUGAUGUCUUCCAUCUCAUUUGCAAGUCAGAAAGGUGAUGUGUACAGUUUUGCCAUCAUAGCUUAUGAAGUACUGUACAAAUGCUUUCCAUACGAUUCAAUUAGAUUGGAGUACAAAGACAUAAUAAUGCGCAUACUUGACCUGCGUAUUGAACCAUUCCGACCACACCUGUCGCCACUGAACGACCCUGACGCCAACCCUGCAAUCUUGAAUCUCGUGGCUCAGUGCUGGUCCGAAGAUGCAAAUGUUCGUCCAACGUUCGAUGUCAUCGAGAAGACGCUGAAGAAGUUUUACUCUGGAAAAACUGAGAGCAUAGUGGACAGCAUGCUGAAGAAGUUGGAGAAGUACGCAAACAACUUGGAGAUGAUCGUGAAGCAGAGAACACAGGAAGUGAUUGAGGAGAAGAAGAAGACAGAUUUGUUGCUGAACAGCAUGUUGCCACCUUUCAUAGCAGAGGAGUUGAAGGCAGGUCGCAAGGUUGAACCCAAGAUGUACCAGAGUGCCACAGUGUAUUUUUCAGACAUUGUUGGAUUUCCGACAUUGUCAUCUGAAAGCACUCCCAUGCAAAUUGUGGAUCUGCUUAAUGAUCUCUACGGAGCAUUUGAUGAUACCAUCUCCAAACAUAACGUUUACAAAGUUGAGACGAUAGGAGACUCGUACAUGGUUGUAAGUGGUCUGCCUCAGGUAACAGAGCGCCAUGUCGUGGAAAUAUGCAACAUGGCAUUGGAUCUGCUGGGCAUCGUCAAGACCUUCAAGAUCAGACAUCGGCCUGAGAUGACACUCAUGUUGAGGAUUGGCAUUCAUUCGGGACCUUGUGCUGCUGGAGUGGUUGGUCACACCAUGCCUCGCUACUGCUUGUUCGGAGAUACGGUUAACACCGCAUCGAGGAUCGAAUCUACCGGUGAAGCCCUGAAAAUUCAUCUGAGCACUCCAGCCAGAGAUCAGCUCUCUAGAUUCCCAGGGUACGUUGUGGAAAUGCGAGGUCCCACUGAGCUGAAGGGUAAAGGAUCAAUGAUAACUUACUGGUUGUUGAGGAAGGAUAGUACACACGAAAAUUAA